GCUAGAGGGGAAGCUGCCAGCAGCGAGGCAGGUGUCCUCUCCCUGGCUCUCCUGAGGGCCGCCUUUAGCUGUUCACUAAUAUCUCACAGAGGCAGGGGAGGAUAACCGGGCCACAUCCUGAGAGUUAGAAAAGCUGGCCUGGUGAUUCAUCUGUGAGCCUCAGCGUUGCGCAGGCUGGUGGCAAAACCACCAUGAUGAAUCUUCUACGCCUAAUUUCAGCUAUCUUUCGGAGGAGGACGGAGUCUGAAGAAACACUGCAGGAACAACCUCAAGAUAACUCCAAGCUGAAGUCUAUCCAGGGAAUUGUGACCCAUCUCUGUACCGAUUAUGGCUGGAUUAAUGAGACUAUCUUUUUCAAUACUGAAGUGGUGUGUGGUACGGUGCCAGUGGACAUUGGGACAAAUGUUAUUGCUCUUGUGGAAGAAAACGAAAUAUCUCAUGUACUGAAAGCAAUCAAGGUGAAACCCAUGACUAAUUCUAUUUGUGUUGCUGAGAUACCAGACAUCAACAGAAGACUUUGUAUUAGGUGUGUCACUUCAGUAACACAAGACAACAUCUAUAUUAGUCAGGAAACUUGUUUCCCUGUCCAGCUGUUUUCAGGAGGAUUUAAGCCUUUCAAAGGAGAUUUGUUGCUGGUUGAGUAUUCCAUGAAGCCGGGCACUUCAGAUAUGACCAUUCACUCUGUGAGCCCCCUGAACUUGCAGAAUAUGGAUGAGGUCUGUGUGACCAGCAUUGAAGGUAGAACUGGUGUGGUGGAAUCCAACAUCUAUUUCACCUUGGAUUCUCUCCAGAAGCCUACUGAGUAUACACCAGGGCUCUAUGACAUUGUGAAUGUGGUCGCCGUGGACAGCAUUCAGCCACACUGUUCUUGGAGAGCAGUAUCAAUGAUCCCAGUGGAAAUGUGUGUUGACUAAGCCUUGUAAUCAGUUCUCAUUUCCAAGGUUCUGGUUUAAUAAAGUAAUAUGAGCAUG